UUAAUCGUUGACUGUAUUCAACCGCGCACUAAAUAGCAUGCUUCCACAAUUUUCAUAGUGGAAGAAAUAUAAGAGUAAGUGAACAAUGUGAAUAAUUGGACAACAUUGAACAAGUGGAAUUUUGGUUUAAUAAAUAAAAUGACCCCUGCAGUGAAACUAAGCUGAUUUUACAUUAUGACGAGCCGUAACAAUUAUUUACAUAAAUACUUUUUGAACAACUUAAAUAAUUUAAUGUGAUGAAUGUUAUAGCUAUUAGAAGAAGGUGUUGAUAAUUUGAAUUAUUCAUCUGCAAAACUAAUAACAUUAAAAAUUUAAAAAAAAUGGAAAAUACAUUAAUCCCACAAUUGAGAACUAUAAAGUGUAAUCUCAUUAACUUAAGCCAAACAACACCAUUUCCAGUGGUUGUAUGUGAAACUCAAGAGAAUUUCGAUGAAGAAAUUGCCGAAAAUUUGUUGUAUGAUUGCGAAAACCUUAUAGAACAGAUAGAAUUUCGGCAGUGCGGAUUGCUGAACAGGCACUCGAAGGUGUUGGAGAAUUUUGCUUCGAAAAUAUCCGAGAUGAAGGAUCUCAGAUGUUCAGAGAAUAUCGAGGUGGACAAAUUCGUGAAGAAAGUUGUGGAUUCGACCAACAUUAUGGACUCUUUGUUACCCAACUUAAAGAUGGACAUCGAGUACCUGUGGCAACGACAACUGUACAUCAGCAAAUAUAUUUCAGAUACGCACAAAUUCAUUAGAUCGAAAGAUGAAUCUCUGUGGAAGAAGGUCGCAACAGUGAAUUUGAGAUAUUGUUACAAUGUGGGAUACAUCAAAUACAGACAGUUAGAUAAUAACCUGGAUGAGAUCCAGUACGCUCUGAAGACGUCGCUUCAAAUGUUGAUAAGAUCAAUAGACAUAAUCGAAAAUGCCAUCAACUACAUCAGACGCAUCGAUGAGUGCAUGCUGCAAAGCAAGUGCUACGUGCAAGAGUAUUUGACGUUCAACGUGAAACCGAAUUCGACGAUUGAAUUGAUUUUAAUGAGAUCCCUGGAUAAAGGUAAUUGCUUGGAGAGGAGAUCAUUUUGCUUAAAAGAGUUAAUUGAUUUGAAGAAGGAACGCGUCCAGAUUGGACGCUGCUUAUCGAAGCUCUACGAUUUCGUUUUAAGCUUUCACGGAGACUUUUGGUUCUUCGAAUCUCUCCGAUUGUUCAACGCGCUCGAAAUCCUCUACAACAACGACAUGAAGCUGCACUCAAUCGAAAGCAAAAUUAAGAAGGUCCUGAAAAAAAGCUGAAGAAAUAAUGUUGUGCCUUCUGACAAUAUUUUAGUUUUAAAAUGAAUACGAAGUUUAUUCUUUGAAUUUAUGUUUCAACAAUUUUAAAAUGCUAGCAAAAAAAUAACAAAAACGUGUGAUAUUGAAUUUUUUUAAAUUUCUCUCUCGUGUGAUAUUUAAGAAGAUUGUAUCGUAU